UUUGAACUGCAUUCACCUCUCUAAUGAGACCUUCUGAUUCGUUUUGCUGUGGAGACAGCGACUGCAUGCUGCUCAACAGUUUUGUGUACGGAUAUCAAAUUCCGGAGAUUUUGAUGAAGCCUACUGAUAACGUCGAAUUAAUUUCCAAAGUUUUUGAGAACGUGAAAAUUCUUGAAAAAAUAUUGGAAAAUGUUUCGACAGAUGCGAUGGGCAAAUUAGAUCUAAGACUAGUCAACAAAAACAUCAACAUCGCCUUGCUCCGUAGAAUCCGACAAGAGCACCGAGACGUGCUCAUCAGAGGAGCAUCCGAUUGUCGAUUUGAUUUGGAGCAAGAUGCUAAGCAAAACUGUCCAGAUUGUUCAGUUUUUAUAAAUCCACAAAGGGUGACUAUGGAAAAGUUGGAGGAUUAUUUUCGAUUUUUGAAAGAAAUCGCUGGAGUCAAAGUUCGAAGAGUUGGCGUCGAGGAUGUUGCAAAAAUUUGUGAUCAGAGGGAAAUCCAUGAUAGGGUCAUCAAUUCUUUGAUUGGCAAUGAUGACCAACUCGUAGAGGAAUUUUUCGGAAUGAAUGAUAUCUGCAGUGGAUCAGAUGAGUGUGGAAUUAUUGGCGGUCGAUGUAGAAAAUAUGGUCCGAUUCAGGAGAAUAUUUUCGAUAUUACACUGAAAACACCACAUCAUUUUGAGCAUUUAGAAGUUUCAGACACACUCCUACAUAGAAUCGUCUUGUCGCUUGCCGAUUCGUCGCAAUCAAAUUUAGCAGUAAUUGAUAAAUAUAUAAAUUCAAGAAUUUCAUGUGAUUCCCUGACUCUGAUGCCAUCAAUCCUACUUGGAACCAGGAAAUCGUGGAUUCCAUGUCAACUCCAAGUUAUGCGACAAAUCGUAGAGCUGAUUGUGGUGAAAUGGAAUGUGAAGAAUUUGAGAAUUGAGUUUGGAGAGUUGCCAGAACUAGAUCUAAGUUCUGGAGACUUGGAUUUGAACCAGAAAUUGAUUGGUUUAGAAUUUGAAUCUGUAGCUAAUUAUUCUUUGGAAAACCUUGAUAUUUGCCUGGAAUUCAGUGAACUUCUCGCUGAUGAAAUGGAGCAAUACCUGAAGUCACCUGAAGAACCUUCACCAAUUGAUGGAUUAAUUUCAAAUGUUCAAAAAAUAUUUUCCACUAAAUUUUUGACUCUGGAACUUCCCAAGGCAUACAUUCUCAUGACACCUUUCAACUUGAAUAAGUUCAUCGGAAAGUUCAUGAGAAUGAUUGAAAGCUCUCCGAGCUCUCCGACGAUAAGAAAUUCCAAAAUAACAGUCAAGCUUUAUCCAAUGAGCUCACAGCUUAUUUCUAGAACAGCUCCAGUCUUCAACUACAGAACACAGAAUGUGCCGGAGAUUUUGAAUUCUGGUGCUCGGCUUGUCUCCGGGCCAAUAGAUCAAAUUCAAAAAAAUUCAAAAGACUACUUUCACCUGAAAGAUAUAGUCUCAAUACCAGACGAUAGAUCAAUUGGAUAUCGAACUCAAGUUCAUAUUUGGAAGGGAAGAAGGUUUUGUUUGGAACACGAAAUGGCCAAUUGCACGAUAGAUUUUGAAAUUUAUUUUGAAAUUGAAUUUUUGGAGAAGUUCUUCAGGAAGAGGCCUGAUGUUAAGGGAGCUGGAUUUUUGAGACAUUUUUGGACACCUGAGUUACUGGUGAAACAUUUUUAAUUUUAUUUGUUUUUUUGUGUUUUUUUUUGUUUGAUGGGGUUAUUCAAGUAAUGUAGCAAAAUGUAUUUAAAUACAUUUGUGACGUCAGAAAUGUAUUUAAAUACAUGUUUUUAUAUACUUGAAUACAGUUGUGACGUAAUUUUUCUACACUUUUUAAUUUUCCGACAUUACUUGUUGAAUAACCCCAUAAGGGUAGGGUAGCAAACAUUAUUGCAAAAUUUUUGAAAAGUGGUAUUUACCGAGCUUUUGCCACUUUUCACAAAGCUAUAACACUGUUGCAUUUUUGAAACCCAACAAUUAGGGGCUGCAAACGUUUUUUUCCGGCAAAUUGGCAAACCGGCAAAUUGCCGAUUUGCCGGAAAAAUUUCGGCAAGUUGUGCUAGUGCACAUUUUUUUUUGGAAAUCACUGUAUUUCAAUUUUAAUCGGCAAAAUUGUAGACUUCCUAUGAAUGUUCCUACAUCUAUUUUUAAAAGUAAAUAAAUUCUAUGAAAAUUUGCAGAAAACAAAAAUUUCCGGCAAAUUGGCAACCCGGUAAUUUGCCGAAAAUUUGCCAAACUGCAAUUGCCGCCCACCCCUGGUUCGAAUAUUAAUUUUUUUGAUCGAUGACUUUCAAAAAUGUGGAAAAACUGAGAUUUUUUCAAUUUUUAAAAAAUCAUAUAAAAUGGCAAAAAAUUUUUACUAUAAUAUUUGGCAAUUCUGCCCCACUAGCGCAAUUCUGCCCCACACCUCAUCUUUAAUGAAAAAAAUUUUUUUUUUUCAAAUUUUUCAUGUUUUUUCCUGUUCAAUUUUUUCUGAAUUUGUUUCUGAUUUAAGUUUUUAAUUGCUUCAUUUUUUAAAUAAAUUAAUUUUU